GUCAGGCUGGUCUCGAACUCCUGACCUCAAAUGAUCACCCACCUCGGCGCCCCAAAGUGCUGAGAUUAUAGGCAUGAGCCACUGCGCCUUGCCCAAAAUGACCUUAUUUCAAAAGAAUACCACGUGGAUUCAAAUUAAUACAUGUAAAGGUCUUAGAACUGUGUGUGGCACAUAGUUAACUUUGAGUAAAUGUCUGGUUUAUUGUUCUUACUAGUAGACCAUGGCUCAGCUUGUGUCUCAGAGCCUUCUCUAUGGCCUACAAGGGCCUGCAGGGUUUUCUCAGCUUCACCUAGGGCCAGGCUGCUUCAUUCCUCACAUGCCAUGUUCUGUUCAGACUCAGGACCUUUGCCCACACUGGUGCUUCUGCCACGCUCUGUCCCACUCAUCUCUGAGGUCUUAAUCCACAGGUUACUUUCUCAAGGAGCCUAGCUGCUCACUUCCUCCCCCAUCUGACCAUGGGCUCUGUCCUCUAGGCCUUGCCCAGUGCUGGGUCCAGAGAAGGUGCUGAAGAGUAUGGCUGAGUGGUGGACAGAGAGGAGGGAAGAGGAAAAACGCCAGUUCCCACCUUCUUCAUUCCUUUCCUCACUGCCUGGUAAAACUAGAAAGAGGCCCCAAUAUACCAGGUGAUUAGGCAGGGUGUCCAGUAUUCUCCAGACACUUUCUCUCAGGAUAAGAAAGGGGGACAGGAAGCUUAUGGGAAAGUUCUAGAAAAGGCAUCUUCUGGCUCCGGCUGCUCGCCCCCCCGCCACCACUCUCGGGCUCCGACCGGUCUCGCGCGCCGUCUUCUCGAGAGGGGCCUCGCGGCGCGGGGUCUCGCGGGCCCGCUCCCGCCCUCCGCUCGCCUGGCCCGGACCGGAAGCGGUGCCGCAUGGCCUGGGCCUGGCGCGGGGGGCGGGCACCGGGGCCCGGUCGGACAUGGGCAAGAAGCACAAGAAGCACAAGUCGGAGAAACACCUCUACGAGGAGUAUGUGGAGAAGCCCUUGAAGCUGGUUCUCAAAGUAGGAGGGAAGGAAGUCACCGAACUCUCCACGGGCAGUUCGGGGCACGACUCCAGCCUCUUCGAAGACAAAAACGAUCAUGACAAACACAAGGACAGAAAGCGGAAAAAGAGAAAGAAAGGAGAGAAGCAGGUUCCAGGGGAAGAAAAGGGGAGAAAACGGAGAAGAGUUAAGGAGGAUAAAAAGAAGCGAGAUCGAGACCGGGUGGAGAAUGAGGCAGAAAAAGACCUCCAGUGUCACGCCCCUGUGAGAUUAGACUUGCCCCAGAAGCCUCUCACAAGCUCUUUAGCCAAACAAGUAGAACAGACACCCCUUCAAGAAGCUUUGAAUCAACUGAUGAGACAAUUGCAGAGAAAAGAUCCAAGUGCUUUCUUUUCAUUUCCCGUAACUGAUUUUAUUGCUCCUGGCUACUCCAUGAUCAUUAAACACCCAAUGGAUUUUAGUACCAUGAAAGAAAAGAUCAAUAACAAUGACUAUCAGUCCAUAGAAGAACUAAAGGAUAACUUCAAACUAAUGUGUACUAAUGCCAUGAUUUACAAUAAACCAGAGACCAUUUAUUAUAAAGCUGCAAAGAAGCUGUUGCACUCAGGGAUGAAAAUUCUUAGCCAGGAAAGAAUUCAGAGCCUGAAGCAGAGCAUAGACUUCAUGGCUGACUUGCAGAAAACUCGAAAGCAGAGAACAGACACCUCACAGAGUGGGGAGGACGGAGGCUGCUGGCCGAGAGAGAGAGAGGACUCUGGAGAUGCCGAAGCACAUGCCUUCAAGAGUCCCAGCAAAGAAAAUAAAAAGAAAGACAAAGAUAUGCUUGAAGAUAAGUUUAAAAGCAGUAAGUUAGAGAGAGAGCAGGAGCAGCUUGACCGCAUCGUGAAGGAAUCUGGAGGAAAGCUGACCAGGCGGCUUGUGAACAGUCAGUGCGAAUUCGAAAGAAGAAAACCAGAUGGAACAACAACACUGGGACUUCUCCAUCCUGUGGAUCCCAUUGUAGGAGAGCCAGGCUACUGCCCUGUGAGACUGGGAAUGACAACUGGAAGACUUCAGUCUGGAGUGAAUACUUUGCAGGGGUUCAAAGAGGAUAAAAGGAACGAAGUCACUCCAGUGUUGUAUUUGAAUUAUGGGCCCUACAGUUCUUAUGCACCGCAUUAUGACUCCACAUUUGCGAAUAUCAGCAAGGAUGAUUCUGAUUUAAUCUAUUCAACCUAUGGGGAAGACUCUGAUCUUCCAAGCGAUUUCAGCAUCCAUGAGUUUUUGGCCACGUGCCAAGAUUAUCCCUAUGUCAUGGCAGACAGUUUACUGGAUGUUUUAACAAAAGGAGGUCAUUCCAGGACCCUACAAGAGAUGGAGAUGUCAUUGCCUGAAGAUGAAGGCCAUACUAGGACACUUGACACAGCAAAAGAAAUGGAGAUUACGGAAGUAGAGCCACCAGGGCGUUUGGACUCCAGUACUCAAGACAGGCUCAUAGCGCUGAAAGCUGUAACAAAUUUUGGCAUUCCAGUUGAAGUUUUUGACUCUGAAGAAGCUGAAAUAUUCCAGAAGAAACUUGAUGAGACCACCAGAUUGCUCAGGGAACUCCAGGAAGCCCAGAAUGAACGUUUGAGCACCAGACCCCCUCCCAACAUGAUCUGUCUCUUGGGUCCCUCAUACAGAGAAAUGCAUCUUGCUGAACAAGUGACCAAUAAUCUUAAAGAACUUGCACAGCAAGUAACUCCAGGUGAUAUUGUAAGCACGUAUGGAGUUCGAAAAGCAAUGGGGAUUUCCAUUCCUUCCCCCCUCAUGGAAAACAACUUUGUGGAUUUGACAGAAGAUACUGAAGAACCUAAAAAGAUGGAUGUUGCUGAGUGUGGACCUGGUGGAAGUUGAGGCUGCCUGGUAUCUGAUUAUAUGUUAUGUACAUACUUUUUCAUUCUUAACUUAGAAAUGCUUUUCAGAAGAUAUUAAAUAUUUGUAAACUGUGUUUUUAAUUAAACUUUGGAACAGUGGGAAAAAAAAAAAAAAAAGGCAUCUUCUACACUGUGCUGAGGCAAUGGGCAGGAAUGGGGUAGCAAUCUCCAAAGACUAGGACUUCCUUCUGAGGUCUUUGACCCCAAGUGCUCCAUGGUCCAAAGCAGCUUCUCCUUCCUCCUCUCCAUCCAAAGCUAUGGCAACUACCUUGUCUGGUGCAGAUCAGUGCUGGAUGCUGCGGGGAAGAGAGUACUGGGCUGACAGUCAGUGGAUGUGGGUUUUGUUUCCCAGGUCCAUUGCUGAUUUGCAGGUGAGUCCUUUCCCCUGUCUGAGACUCUGGGAAAGUCUGGGACUUUCCCCAACUGUCAAAUGAAGUGGGAAUCAUCUCAAAGGGCUCCGUCUAGGGCUGCAGCAUAAGGAGAAAGAAAGUAACUCAUGCAGACAAAUGAGUGACUGCCGGGGUUCUCUCUCUCAGGGGUAUCCAAAAGAUCCAGUAAUUAGUGUGUAAACUGAGAAGCAACAUUCUGAAGUAGGAGGACUUGUUGCCACAAAGGAAUCUGAUUCUUCUCCACCUCAAAGCCUGCUGGGCAUUGCUCUGAAACCUGCAGGAUUCCAGGGGAAGAGAGCAAUAGGCACAUCUAUGACCCAGGGCAGACUCCUGGGCAAGGCUAGAUCUUUCCACGCUCCAGCUCCUGUGGCCUCGACCUCUUCACCCCAGCACCGCCUCCAACUAGUCCAGACAAGUCCCGAGUAUUUUCAGCCACCUUUAUCUGAUCGGAAAUGUUUGGAAUUCCACAGCAGAAGGCAACAGCUCUGGAGGAUUUGGGGAAGGGAGCAAAUCCCUGCAACACCCUUCCCUUCCGCCUCAGCCUCCCAAGUAGUUCGGACUACUUGUACAUUCCCACUGUACAGAUGAAUGCUCACACCCCAUGUAACCAAACACUCAGGGCUGAAGGCACCCACGGGGUUACAUUUCCUUCUGUUCUGUGAUGUGAUGGAACUGGGAAACAAAACCCACAUCCACUGACUGUCAGCCUCGUACUCUUCUCCACAGCAUCCAGCACUGAUCUGCACCAGACAAGGGAGUGGGUUCCUUCUAGUUUUCUGCCCUAUUCAUUUCUGCCCCAGUUCAUUACCCCUUUAAGGUGCAGAACAGUAAGAUGCCUGAGAUGGUGAGAAGAGGGCUAAGGUACUUUGCCUGAUGUCGAGGGAGGGGGCACCCAGAGGUGUGCUGUUCACAGUCAAUACCCAGAGCACCACCACCAGGAGGCCCGGAAGCAACCCACUGUCCCACCUGAUGUGGCCUGUGGACCACUCAGAAAUUUCAGAGCGUCACAGAGCUGUGUGGUUCAACCCUCAGCAGGUAAGAAACUGAGGCCCAGAGGAACUGAAGGGAUGCCUCCAAGUCUUCAUACAGGGACAAAGCAGAGCCUGGCCUCAGGCCUCCUUACCCUGGAGUGAGACAGUGUGGCUUCCAACCCUAGUUCUAUGACUACCUGGCUGCAGGACCUGGAGCAAGACACUUUACCCCUCCAAGCCUGGUGUUCCGGCUGCAAAAUGAAAACAGCUGUACCUACUUCACAGGCCUAGCAGCAGAGUUAAAUGGUCCAUGGUAAGCGUUCUGUAAAUGUUAGUUGCUGCUGUUGUUAUUAUCGUUAUUAUUUAAGACGAAGUCUCACUCUGUCUCUGUCGCCCAGGCUGGAGUCAGUGGUGUGAUCUGUGCUCACUGCAACCUCUGCCUCCUGGGUUCAGGCGAUUCUCAUGUCUCAGCCUCCCGAGUAGCUAGGAUUAUAGGCAUGUGCCACCACACAAAUUUUUGUACUUCUGUAGGCUAAUUUUUGUAUUUCAGUGGAGACAGGGUUUUGCUAUGUUGGCCAGGAUGGUCUUGUACUCCCGGCCUCAAGUGAUCCAGCUGCCUCAGCCUCCCAAAGUGCUGGGAUUAUAGGCAUGAGCCACUGCACCAGGCCUUUUUUUUUAUUGCUGAAAAAUGAGUGGCUCCAUUUAUGCUUCUCAUAGUGUCUCUCUUAUUUGUAGCUAUAAAUAAACAAAAAGUAACAGCUAGUAUUUGCUGAACUAAUAUUUACUGUUUGAAUUCUCAAAAUCUUGCAAGUAGGUGCUGUUCCCAUUUUACCAAUGAGGAAACUAAAAUUCAGAGAGGUGAUGAGACUUUGCCUGAGGUCCCUGGUUACUAGUGAGGGCAUUCAACUUCACAGCAUGCUAAAUUUACCAGUGCAACAUGAUACAUGAAAAGAUUUUACUAAGACUUCUUUCCUUCACCCUUUCACCUACCCAAUAUUUACUGAGAAUCUGCUAUUCCUAGGCCUUGGGAGUCAGAGAUGACUUUAAGCACAUGUAAGUAGCAUUCCCCCAGGUUCCCUGGGUGCCUCGAGGGGUGAGACAGGGAAGAGUGUGCUGAGGCUACUCAGUGACGAACUCACUUUCCCCCAAGCCAGCUCUGCAAGGACAGUAUUUGCAGAGAGUUCCUCCCUCUGUCUGAUCUUUAUCUUGGAAACAAAAGUGAUGCCACGUAGCUUUGGUGAAGCUAUUAGAUGAGUUUUCUAAGACGGGACAUGGUCUAUUUGUAAGCCAGGCUGACCUAUGGAGUUGUAGGAAGGCUACCUAGCUCUGGACACUCAUUCAUUCACCAAAUCUUCAUUAAGUGCCCACUAAGAUUCAGGCACUGUGCUAAGCGCUGGGGAUAAAGCAGUGACUAAAUAGAAUGAAAAUUCGUACCUGUAUGAGUUUACAAUCAAACGGGAAGAGACAGGCAAUAAACAUGUCAGAUGGUGAUGCGUUAAGAAAGAAUAAGGCCGGGCGCAGUGGCUCAAGCCUGUAAUCCCAGCACUUUGGGAGGCCGAGAUGGGCGGAUCACGAGGUCAGGAGAUCGAGACCAUCCUGG